UACCAAAAAUUUUAAAACUUCGCGAACUGUCAAAACGUCAUCCGCUAUUCUCCAACGCAUUUCAAUUUUCUGUUUCAAAAACGCCCGUUUUUUCACUUGCCGUAUCCUUAACAAUAAAAUGUGUUAAACGUUUCAACAGUAGUCCAAUUGUGAGAUCGUGACUAUGAUUUUAUGACGUGUGUAUAGUAAAACGGUGAGAUGUCGAAGGCUGUUAUAAUACCCGAGUGUAAUAAGGACAUCGGAGGGAUGAAGGAGGAAUUAUCGAUAUCCCCUAAUGAAAAGAAAGAUGGGGCUAUUGGCAUAUUCAGUAGGUUGCUGCGACUUGAUGCGCUGAGUAAAAGAAACAAUGCACCGGAGAGCCCAACUGCCGUGGAGCCGCCGGUUACAUACUACGGAGUGUACAUACCGUGCGAAAUAAAGAAGGGGCCAGAUGAAGAAGCCCUACACGUCUACAAGAACAAGUCUGAAGCCUUGGAACUUGUGAGAAGGUACAAAUUGGCACGGUUCAAGGCGUUCAAGAGCAGACAGGAUGCUGUGUCGUUUGCUCUUAGAGGCGCCGAACCUACGGACAACAAUGAUGGAAAUGAUAACUCUCUCAUGGGCGAAAAGCCUUAUCCGUUUAAGGCCCCAUCUCCUCAAGACAUGGUGGCUCUGCGCAAGGCCAUAGAGGCGGGUCUGGUGUGCACGGUUCGGGACAGAGUGUGGGACAAUCCACGGUUCCUUGUCAGUAGCGGGAACACACCGGCGAUCAUGCAGGAAGGUUCCCGAUACAACGCUUUGCAUAUAGCGGCGAAAUCAAUGAACGCGGAAAUUUGUAAUUUAAUUUUGACCACGGUCGGCAACCCGGCCUUCGUGCAGACGCUGUAUGGCAUGGACGCGGAUGCUGAGUCCUGUAAGGAGUUCGCCAGCAUCUUGGUAGACAGAUACCUGAACACUCCGGACAAGGCGAUGAACGAGACGCCUCUACACUUCGCGGCCAAGUUCGGCGCGGAGCAAGUUGUGGAUGUGCUUACCUCUUUUCCACAGUGCAACCGACACGCUGUAAACAAAUUCGGCGAACAACCUGAAGAUAUAAUCUGCAAGCGCGCGUCGUCGAGCAGCCCGGAGUCGUGCGCGCGCAUCUCGUCGCUGCUGGCGCCGCGCUACUACGUGCCCGUGCUGCACUACGAGGACGGCGCCGCCGCGCCCACCAUCGGACGGCCCUUCACACCCGCGGCGCCGCCGGAGAUAAACCCGGACCCCCUGAGCCCCAGGCUAGAGAUCCUGGCCUUCGCGGGUCCCAUGCAGGAGCGCGACGCUGAGACCUUCCGCCGGCGCUGGAAGACUCCCCCGCGGAAUCGCACUACGGCAAAGCCUUUCAGACUCAAGGAAAUGACCAAAGGAUUGGAGAAUGUUGGCAGGAACCUGGCUGAAGAACUAAAAGUUGGAUGGAAAGAGUAUUGGCCAUUUUUAGACACUUUCACAGAUCUGCGCACCGUUGAGGGACUGACCUUGCUAGAGAAUUACUUAAAAGCGAAAUACGAUAGCGCCUGUUCAUUCGCAUACAGCGAGAGUUGCAUGCAGUCACAUCACUCGCCAGACGAUUUGUCGAUAUCGAGGAUAAGUCUCGGCUCAUCUCAGCACAGCCCUAUCACUGACUCAGCAAUGAGUCCAAUCUCGGAGUUAUGUGUAGCUUUAAAGACGUGUAAAAUAUCCGAUGAAAGACCGCCACAUUGGAAGAAAACCGAUCCCGUUAGACAGAGGAUGUGCAGACAGCCCAGUGCUAAGACCAUCACUAACGGAGACUCGGCGCCAGCUAACCACACAGUCAGCCAGCUACUAUGCAUCGAGAGGACUUGUCAAGUCUUCGCAAAGCGGAUAGCGGAUGCGUUAAACUUCUCAUUGACUGCCAAACUAGACGUCGCUAGCGAGUCGCUCAGAUCCGAAGCGAAACACCUCCAACACACGAUAUUCACGUACAUGGACGACGAGAGGUUCCAGAGUAUCGACUUCGCGCUCAUCCACUCGCGGCUCGCUCAGCUAGUUGUGUACAAACUGAAGCAGCAGACCAAAGAUCUGGAUGACAUCAACAGUUUAGUCGAGUUCCUGGUCAAACUCCGUUGUCCGAACGACGAUAUUUUCAGCUCGGACGACGAGCGCAAGCCGCCGUACAGGGGAUCGAAUAGAACGAAAAUGACGCACGUUAUCGACGAACAUGUUAGAUGCUUGUCGAGUUUCAUAUGCGAAGAGUUGAUUGAAAAUGAUAUCAUGAAGGGGCCAGCGAUAUCGGAGAUCGAAUGUGCGGACAUAUGGGACAGAGCGUCUAAAUGUAUAUGCGAUUGGAAGAUAGAGAUUGAAAGAAACAGUAAGAAGAACGCGUCGUUCCGAAAGAACAGAUCUAUAUUGUCGACGAGUCCCAAGAAUGAUAGUUUUAUUAGAAGAUUGAAUUUUGAACAUGAUAUUGGUGACGGCAAGCUGCAGCCUGCGCCGGCGCCGCGGCCCAUCAGCGUGAACUCGCCCGCCGGCGACAGCGCCACGCUCACGCCACACGCCACACACUCGCCACCCUCCACACCCUCCACGCCGCCCAAGCUCUACACCGUCAAAAUGGACAAGUGCCAAGUCGUCGAUGCUGAGAUUUCAGAUGACGACAGCGUGGCGUCGUGCGAGUCGUCGUGCGAGGACGCGUACGAGACGGCGGACGAGCACGCGCGCGACGCGGACGACAUGAGCGACGCCAGCGCGCGCGCACUCGCCGAACCCUACAUAUACGGCGAGGAGCCAAGCAAGAUGGACAGGCUGGUGUUCGAGGCCCUGUGGCAGCUGCCCGUCAACCCCGACCAGUUCCCGCACGUAUACCGCUGGCGGCACAGCGUGGCACUCUACUCGAAGGACGAAAGGGACAAAUGGCAACCGGCCCCGAUAGCUGAAGACACGUCAUCUUGCUCAUCAUGGGUGAUGGAUAGUCCUUGCUCAAAAAUGAUUAGGGGACUUAGGAUGCGCGGGGUCGCGUCCCCCGGGACUCCGGGCACGCCGCCCGGCGCGGCCACACCGCCCUCCGCCGCGCGCUGUUCCACGCCUGUCAGGGAGGCGCCGAGGGAGGAUAACGGACGAGCCGUGUCUUUGCAGGUGUCAAACUGGCUACGAGUGACAGGUCCUAACUCACCGCGGUUGGUCCUGGCGUCCAAAAACGUAGGUCACAACGUCAGCUUCGGAUUCUAGAUGUAAGGACGCGAUUCCCUUAUACUGCGAUACUGACAAUGAAUAUUGGACACAGUAAACGCGUACAAGAAAAAAACAUAACCGGUUCGAUACUAUGUAUUUUGAAGUUAGCGAAAAGUGUAAUAUGCUAAUAUUAAAAACUAACGAUUGUUUAAAUAUGUAAAAUACUAAUAAUACAUUUGAUUAGGAAAAUUUUACCUAAAUAAAAUAAAAUAUUAGAGUGAAAAGAUUUACCUAAUUAAUGUCUAGUGAUAAAUCGUAUUUUUCUAAUGUACACGUGUUAUCGAACUGGUGAAAUAUGGUGCAUUCUUGUAUCGUAAAUAAAUAACCGCCUUAUUCGUAGACGUUAUUUAUCUAAGCUCUGUCUUUGCUGUGAUAACAAUCUGUUUCUGAGUGCUGACGGCAUGGCAGCCUUCGCAGUGCGUAGACAUAGGGCCUUUGUGAUUGGCUAAUAUUGAGAUACAACUUUAAUCCAGUUGGCCGUCAGAUAAAUUAAGCUGAACGAACAGCAAGCUGUCAGAUAAACAAAGCUGAGAAACAGACUCAACACAGCAAUGCUUCCGUCCUUAGAUAAAUAACGUCUAUGAAUAGGGGGGUAAGUCUUUACUACUAGAGUUAAACUCUAUAUAAACGAUAGACCGAGAAACUGGAAAUAGAUUGAAUUUAGGCCAAUAUUCAAUGUCACACAUUGUGCUCUCACAAAGUUAUGUACCUAUUUUUAAUAUUAUUUUUAUUAUAUUUUAUACUUGCUGUUAAUGGAACUCUUAUAGGCGUUGUUUUUAAUUGCUAGAUUUGCAGAAUUACGUAAUAUUUUUGAAUAUUUUUCUUUGGAAAGUGUCGAUAGAAAGAAGCAAUAAUAAUAGUGGUUAUAGAAUUACUAAUGAAACUGAAUUGAAUUUAUAAUUUACACGAUACGAAUUUCAUGCGAAACUAGUUGAAUGUCUUACAGAAAUCAUAAUUUAGUGUUUGAAAAUAAAUCUCUAUUGUUUCAUAUCGAUUUCCCAUAGACGAUAUCGUUUAAAAAUAUUUACUAUCCUUGAGGUAAGUUGUGUAUAAUUUGAUUAAUACAUCACAAUAGUCAUGAAUAAUUUUGGCAGCUCUAGAAGGUAAUCCGUUUGGUGUUAAUGUGACUUCAAAUUUGGUAUUUAUUGAAUGUGUUGGUGCAUAAUUGUAAUAUCGAUUUUAAUCGAUCUGUUAGCGGAUUUUUAGAUGACAACCUAACUAUGAAAAUAAUCUCAUUUAGAUGACAUAUUUUAUGAUUGUGUUUAGAUAAUGGAGAAUGUAUUAUUAUAGUUAUAUUUAUCAGAGUAUUUCAAUAUAGAGCCAAAUAGGACUAUUGUUUAUAUUAAAAAAUAAUUUUCAAUAAUAAAUUUGUACAUCAAUUAUUUCUCAAGCUUAAAAGGUGUCUGCAUUAUUUAGAGAAUUUCUGAUGUAAAAUUAAUACGAAGCUUGAGAACUUAAUUGAUUUAAAUGAAUGUCCAUUGUAGAUUAAUUUGUCUAAAUAAUAGUUUAAUUGAUGACAAUAAAAAUGAUUCACUGCGUUGUUUAGCAUUUAUAGUUACGUUAGAAGUAAUGUUUUUUUUUAUUAUGACAUAAUGCCAAAAGCGAGACAGCGGUGUGUGCACUGACGCGGCGAAUGUUUGUACUUUUAUAAUAAAAAGUAGAUGACAAGUUGUAAAAUAUGUUAAUGUUAUGGAAAUAAAUUACGACUGGUUCUUGU